UCUGUCGCUGCCGUCCGCCACCGUCCACAUGCUGCGAAGGCGGUCUGCUCGGUGGUUCCUCUCUCCAAGACGUUUGUCUUCGGAUCUCUGGCAUCAGAUCUUCACAUCAAGGAAGAAAGAUCACAGAACGGUGUGUUUUGGGCAUGUGCCCUCCAGCGAGGCGCUAAAGUACAACCACCCCCGCCUGACCAUGCUGAACCUGGCAGGUAGUGGUGUCCUGCCUGUGGACUCUGCUGAGUUAACUACUGUUGAUGAGCCUGAAAAUGGCCAGCUGCCAGAUGUUGUUGUUGAAGCCAGCAUGCUGGCACCACCUGCAGAACCUCCUCAGUCUGAAACAUAUCUAUCAAUUGCUAUUCAAGUAUUCAUCCCAUUUCUUAUAGCAGGUCUAGGCAUGGUCGGGGCAGGAUUGGUGCUAGAUGCUGUGCAGCACUGGACAGUGUUUGAAGCAGUGACAGAAGUUGUUAUACUUGUACCUGCACUGUUGGGUCUCAAAGGAAAUCUGGAGAUGACCCUUGCGUCUCGCUUAUCAACACAAGCUAAUCUAGGUCACAUGGAUACACCUAAGCAACAGUGGAGCAUGAUUGUUGGAAAUCUUACAUUGAUACAGUGUCAGGCAAAUGUGGUUGGAUUCCUUGCUUCAGUUGUGGCAAUAGUGAUGGGAGGUUUCAAGAGCAGGAGUGUGCGGCUUGACCAUGCACUUCUUAUGUGUGCCAGCAGUUUAGUGACUGCUUCACUUGCCAGCUUUGUUUUAGGUCUUACAACUGCUGCAGUGAUAGUUUUCUCACGGCAUUGUAGCAUCAAUCCCGAUAAUGUAGCUACUCCAAUUGCAGCAAGUCUUGGUGACGUUACAUCACUUGCUCUUCUCUCAUGGAUAUCAACUGUCCUCUAUGAUGCUAUAGGGAAAACUGACUGGCUGGCCCCACUUAUCAUUUCUGGUUUUGUUCUCGUGACUCCUUUGUGGGUUUGGAUUUCAAAGCAGAAUAAGCACACACGAGAAGUUCUUUACUGUGGAUGGACACCAGUGUUGGUGGCAAUGCUUAUUAGCAGUGCUGGUGGCCUAAUAUUGGAUGUAAUGGUCUCACGCUUUGAAGGAAUUGCAGUCUUCCAACCAGUUAUAAAUGGUGUAGGUGGAAAUCUUGUGGCUGUGCAAGCCAGUCGAAUAUCAACAGCCCUUCACCGUGAUGCUGAACUUGGCACAUUAGAUGAAGAUACUGAUAACAUAAUGCUAUCACCAUUAAUAAUUUUCUUUGGAAGAGGUCCCCAUGCUCGAACUACGAGAGUCCUUAUGUUGAUGGUAGUUCCUGGCCAUCUAAUUUUUAUUUACACCAUUAAUUAUAUGAAAGGUGGUCAUACUUCCCUUACACCACUGUUUGUUUUUGUGUACCUCUGUGCAGCUUUUGUUCAGGUUGCAGUAUUGUUAUAUAUUGCACACAUCAUGAUUCACUGGAUGUGGAAACGAAAAAUUGACCCAGACAAUUCUGCCAUUCCUUAUUUGACAGCAUUAGGUGAUCUACUGGGCAUCAGUCUUCUUGCUAUUGCAUUUGAAUUUCUGUAUCUUGUUGGUGAUCAAGAUAAUGAUAUCAAUGAUUAAGUUACAGUAAGAACUAAACGUGGGGUGCUUUUGUUGUUAUGAGUACUCAGAUGUGUUACUUUUAUUUAAUUUUGGCCAGAAAUGUGUGACAUUUUGGAGCAUUAGCGUUAACUAUGGAAUUCCAGCAAGUUGUACAUUAACUGUCAGCACUCUGUUAAUGUUAUCCAUUUUUAAAAUUUUCCAUAUUCACAAUCUUUUUUUUUUAACUUGGUCUCCAGGCUUGUAUAUUUUUCAUAUAUUUAUUUUUCUGUAGCUAAAAUUUUAUCGUAUCUUAUUUGUCUUUCUGGAAAUGUGUUCCAUACAGUGUAUUUCGGAUCUUGAAAUGGUUCUUUUUUGGUUUUCUUUUUUUAAAAUUUUAUUGUGAAGAAAAAGCUGGAGUCUGAUGACAAUAAUGUUGUUCAAGAACUUGACUCAUCUAAAAGUGACUGUAGGAAGUUUCGUAACAUUUAUUGGAUUUACCAGUUUCUGUAUGGAAUAUCAUAUUCUGCCCCUGAAUAUUAAUUUUAAGAAAUAUAUGAUGUUUGCAUAUCACAGUCUUCUCUUGUGACUAUUUUAAAUGUAUUUAUAUAGAAUGAUUGUUGACUGAAGUAAAGGAAUUUACUGUUUGUGUUGUGAAGCCGAAUGGUUCCCGAAUAAUAUUUGAUUACAGAAAGCUGUGUGGUUGUGACAAAUGGAGCCAAACCUUUUUGUGUCAUAUUGUUUUAAAAAGUAAUUGUCCAUCUACUUACAUGCGGUCUUCUUCAUCUGUUAACUGGUUUCAUGCUAAAUUGAAAAUCUUUGCACAGUAUUUAUUUAUUCUCUGUAUAUUCUACUUGUUGAGCUAGUGAAAUUUGCCAAAUCACACUUACUAUGGCCAAUGUGGGAUUUUAUGAUUUACAGUAGAAUCUAAGAGGGGUGCAGAAUUUUAAAAAUACUGAAUCAGAAGUAGUAAUUGUCAUUAUAUGAAAUAAGUUGUAUCUAUGGUAUGAGUAUCGUGUACAAUAACUAUUGACAUACAAUCUCUUUAUUUUAAAAGCCUGAACAUAUCAGCCAAACUGGUGCAUUCAGUGAUUGUUGUGUUUGGUGGUUUUAUACAUUCAUUUACUUGUAGACCUUAAUCUUUUUGUGAAUUCAGAAGUGCAGUCAAACGUUAAGACUGGGUACUGAAUGUGGCGGGCCACAUCCAUUAUUCUGUUCUUCAGGUGAGCACUGCCAUCUACCAUCUCAAGUAGUUAUAAGUUUUAAGAUUAAAUAUGUGUCAUAACUCAGUGUGUUAAUUAGGUAAAUUUAACAUUAUAAUAUAGUGUUUCUUUGGGAUGUAAAUGUCAGUUAAGAACUGAGUAGUAUGUGAUCUUCAGAUUCAUGUUUCGUAGAACACUUCAAAGCAAAACUAUAAGUAGUCUCAAUGGAAAUUUUACUGCAGUGAAGCAUAGUGUCUGCAGCAGAUUGUCAGUGUGGUUUGUUUCCCCAAAACAAUCACAGCAAAUCACUUAUACAUUUUGAGGUGUUUGUUAGUUGGUUACAUUUUCUUUGCCCUUUUUUCCAUAGUCCAUCCAUUACUUCACUUUCUUGUAAGUCAUUGGACUUCCAGGUAACUGAAAGUCUUGGUGCUGUAUGCAGGCAGUCAACAUACAAAUUUUCUAAGAUGCUAGAAUGAUUACCUUAGACUGUUAAGGUUUGACCUUUCUAUAAUAAUUAGUCAUAUUAACAUUGGUGUAAAUAUUAGAAUCCAUGAAUGAUUUGGCAAACACACCAAAAAUAAUUAACAAUGAGUCUUUGUCAGAUGAAGAUUAAAAAAAGGUAACCUACAUUCUUGCUUGGAAAUAGAUUCUGCUCUCUGCAAGAUAUUUUUUGUAUGGAGUUUCUGACUUUGAAACAUGACAGUAUAACAAUUUUCGUGUUACAUUGUUGGAAGAAGCAGCUACAACCUCUGUUUUGAAAGGGGAAAAAAGCUAUUGUGUAGUAAAAGUAAUGUGCAGUGUCCAGUGUCACAGUAUAGAAGUUGUUCAGGAACAAAAUAUUACUGGUCAUUAGUAAACCAUCUGUGUUUCUAACAAAUUUCCUCUCAGUGAUGCUGUUUAACCAUCACAUUUACACUAUACCAUAAUAAUAUUAGCUCAGAACUCUGUGUCACAAGGUUCAUGUUCCUGUUGUAUAAACUUGGUUUUAAAAAAAAGAGGCUAAACUUUUAUAUUGUUGUGUGCCAAGUUCACUUAUGGUCAGUCCAUGAGGCAUCCUCAAAUGGCUUGAUGGGAAGAGCAGUCCCACAAAGGCAGGGUCCCAGUUUGGCAUAAAUAUUGAAUAGCUGUAUCUCUUUACAGUUUCAGCUAGCAGUCGAGUCAAUUAGAAUAGAUAAUCUCUUUGCCAUUUAUGGAUUUCCCCAGUUACUAAUUGUUCGGUAAACAUGAUUAUGAAUCUUCUGAUAUAAGUCAUUCAGAUGCAAGGCGAAGUCUAAAUACAGGUAUCAGCAUGUGACUCUUAUAUCUAACAGUGUUUUAUGUUUUUUGCAUAUAUAUGCCAUUGUGCCCUAAAUUUCCCCUAUCCCCCCCCCCCCCACCCCCACCACCACCACCUCUCUCUCUCUCUCUCUGCUAUUGCAGAAGGUCAUUGAAUGUAGCUUUGCUGUACACAGUUUCUGGAAAUAGUUGUAGUGGUUUGAUACAUGUCAUUAAAUUAUGUAGAAUUAUUAAGUAGUUAGAAGGCUGGUGAAAGAAUUAUUGUAUUCUGAUCCUCCCUCCUGCUAGAGAGAAUUGAUUCACAUUUAGGCGGUCUUCUUCCUCAAGAUCCUGAGCAAAAAUUGCAAGCUGUACUAUGCAAGGGAAAUUCUGUUGCACAAAUGAAUAUGGAUCAGUCAUUACAAAUACAAAAUCCAAAAAUUUAAGUUUGCAAGUCUCAUUUACAAAUAAUAUUGAUGAUGAUGAUAAGUAAAAAACAAGGUUGUGGAAGAUAUUUCAAUGCAAUUGUUGCACUUGUGCUGAAGCUGGAAUUAAAAAUUAAAACACAUUAAAUCUGGUUGUGUGAGGGACGUAUACAUGAUUGAGGAGAAACUGCAGACUGAAUCAUUAUUGAUUGUAGUUAUCCUUUUGCAGGAAGAACUAGUUCAGAAAAUCAUUGUUGUGUAGCAACUACAUGGACAAAACACUGGCGUGACAUGUAUGUAUAUAAAUAAUAAUAUGAGGAGAUACUUGUGGCAGCAAAAACAGGGAGAACUUUUAGACAGAAUGAUGCAGGCUAAAUGGGUUAAGGUAAUAGGGUGUGCAUGGCUGGAGACAGAAGUGUUUAGUUAAAGUGGAGUUGUGAAAGUCAACCAAGUAUUGCGAGGAAAGACAUCAUCAUAAGAGUUACAACGUGCAUUUAUUUCCAGGAAUUGACAAAUAUUAGAGCUUGAACAUUGCUUAUUGUAAUGAUAUUCAGGUAUUUCUUUCGUUUUGAUAGUGUAGGUCUUCUUGAUAGCAAGUCUGAAGUUUUCAUGCAUGUGAUAUUUAUUUCUGGGAAUGGCUUCAGGAAAUAAAUGAGGUGAAAUUAUAUUAAGUGAAAGUUUUCCAAAUUGCGUGUGUGGCAGUUGGCUGAGACAUUGUCAGUGUCAUAAACAGACAAUGUAGACAAUAUUUCGAUUAAAAUAACUUUGUGACUGAAGUUUCUUUCACUGAGUUGAGUAGUAAGUGGUAGCAGCCAGCUAGUCAUAGUUUUUUCUCAGGCACUACAUUCUCACUGUUUUGUAGGUACAUGCAGGGCCUUGUGAUGCAUGACUUGUAUUAGUUGUAUCUGACUAUAGUUUCAGCACUUCUUCCUUGUCUCUACUGUUCUUUUAAGUCAUCUUUGCUUGAGAUGUGUUUCAUCUCUACCACGAUUUGAACCUCCCUUUAGGAUUUAUAGAUAUUAGUUAUCAGCAUAAAGUAAGCUAUCGUAAAAUAUAACAAACAUAAUGUAAAAACGGUGAGAAAUUAGUUCUUGUGGCAAAUUUUUUUGUUUGUUUUUUGUUGGUGAAAUCUUGCACUAGUCUUGGACAUUUUAACUCAUUUUGAAUUGCCCCCAUUUCCAAAUUAAAAGUAAUUCAGCACUUCUAUAAGACUGGACUAUUUGUUCUUGAAAUGAAAGUAUUUGGUAUGCUAGGCUUUCAUUAUUGGCUUGGAAGAUUUGAAAGAUGUGUUCUCUAGUGUGUGUGUGUGUGUGUGUGUGUGUGUGUGUGUGUGUGUGUGUGUGUGUGUGUGUGUGUGUGAGAGAGAGAGAGAGAGAGAGAGAGAGAGAGAGAGAUAUUUAUGUACUAUAGUAUUUUAAUUUUGCCUUUAGAUAGUUGCACAAAGAACUCUGUUUUCAGAGGUUAGUUCCUGGUCCACACAGAACCUUAUUCACUUACCCCAGUUCAUGUGUCCCCUUAUUUGUACCAUUUUUAUGUGAUGGAUGAUAAUGCAUACUAUCACUUUGAUCCAUGAAUGCAUGAAAAGAAUGGGAACCUGGCUUUGAAGAAACAAUGGGACACCUUCCCCCCUUUUCCCUACCAUCGAUCAGAGGGAUUUUAGGUUUUGACUAACACAGUUUUUGCAAUCUUUGGAUAUCAGUCACACGUUUCUGGACCUGUAAUAAGCUAAUUAAAUAGAAGUUUCUUUUGUUUCAAGAAACUGAAAAUCACUGAAUACUGUCUUAAAUACUUUAUGGAAUUUUUUUGUCAAGCAAGGUCAUAUGUUUAAAAACUUGAAAAAGUUAGCCUCCCUUUUUGUUGGUAAAUUGCUCAGAACUUAGAAACAGUUGUUGUUUUUAAAUAGCUGGAAACUAAAUGCAUUUUUAUAAUAUAUUUUCUGUUUUUCUAAGUAUUAUAUGGUAUGAGAGAAAUCUUGUCAUAACCAUCUUGCUAUAAAUGUGUUGUGAUGAUACUUUACCAGUGCUUUAAUGUCAGCUUUGAUAAUUCUGUUAAGCAGUGUUAUUCAGCAUGCUGGCAUGAAUUUUAUAUGUGCUUGUGCAGUUGCAAAUUUUAGUGUGAUAUAUAUUUAUAUGUGAGUGAGCAGUGAUUUUUGAUGCUAGGCUCAUAAUAGUUGAAUAUCUAUACAUAAACUGUAGAAUUUGUAGCUACAGCUGAAUAACAUUUUGCUGUUCAAAUUGUAAUGUAUAAAUAUAAAUUUGUGUGUAUGUUCAAUAAUAAGAGUUCAGGCGACCACUUUAGCAUAAACAUUCAAAAGUGAUUUUAGAUCUGGUUUUUCACUAUGAAAGGUAUUGGCACUUGCUUUUGAUUUGAGAGACUGAUUUCCACACUGAUUUAUCAUCCACUUGCAAUAAGUUACCUUGCAUUACUCAAUGUUUGCUACCAUUAUGGACUUGAUAACUGCUGUUUGUCCAGUUUUAUUCUACAGGAAACAAUGACAGAUACAAAAUGUAUACUUCUGUGCCACAGAUUAAAAAUUUUACCUACCAAUAGAUUGUGUGGAAAAACAAAAUUCACUGAGAAAGGUUGCUUCCAGUAACUUCAUAUGUGAACAAUUUUUUGGAUCAUUCCUGUUGUGUUUUCAGAAUAUAAAUUUUUCACACUCUGAGAGGGAGUUGCAUCUGUUAUGUUACCUGGAGAAAAAACACACACAUACACUGUGCUGCAGCUUAUAGAUCACAGUUUAGCAAGAGGUGCAUGUGUGUUAUGGUGGUUUUUAUGGAUGAUGUGCCUUCCAUUUGAAGAUGACUGAUGCACCUGCUAUAAUAAAGUGGUUAAAUAUAUUUUUUCAAGUUAUAUUUUCUCCUGAAGACAAACAGCAAGUCACAAAAAACAGUGUCAAAUUUAUCUUAAUAAGAAGUUCUUUAACGAUCUGAAAAUGGAAUAGUGUAGUCAUUGCCUUAAUGUAACAUUUAAGCUAUUACUGCUAUAGUGUGCUAACUCAAUGUAGACCAUAUUCCUGCUGAAAAGGUUAUUACAUUGUCAUGUGUAUCAUGGAGUUCUGUUUGUCCUCCUAUGACAGUUAAAUUAUGUGAAUUUCUAUUGAAAUAUAGUUAAAAAUUAUAAACAGGAGAUGAGCCAAAGACACACUUGAAAGGAAGAAACACUUGAAUUAUAGCAUUUAUUCUCUAGUCUAUGUUGUAGGUAACUCCUAUUUACGAAGUAUCUGAACAUCAGCUGCAUUACACCUUUUUUUUCCCAUCUCGUCUUACCUAUCACAUAUUUUGAAUGUGAUUGUACACUGUUAGAUGUAAUUUAAAUUUGAAAUAAUGUUAACGUUAUGAUAUUGUUGAUUUGUACUUCCUUUUAAACAUUAACUACACUAGUCUUUCUUAAAAUUGUUAGGGGAUAUUAUUUUUCUGAAAAUUUCUGCAUAAUUUCAAACUACAUUGAUAUAAUUUAUCAUCUUGCAUUAAUCAGAAUGCAUCAGAUACUUUUGGUGUGCAGGAAGUUGGGCUGAUGUUUUUACCUUGUGAUACGGAGUUCUUUUUUGAUGUUAGUUAUCAUUCCUCUUAAUUUGCAGGUGGAGAAUUGUACUAUUCUUAUCACGUAUUUAUCAUGCCCAGUACUAGCUGUAUGCAAAGUCAUUUAAUUAUGCAUACUGAAGCUCAGUUAUGAAGACAGUAUUACUAGAGCUUUAAUGACAUUGUGUGAAUCAUAACAAUUUUGUUUGUAUUGUAUAUCAAGCAGGAGCUGCCAGUUGUUGAAAGGAAAUAAUUUUUUAAAAGUGUUUUUGCAAGAUAAACUUGUCUUACUGUGUAAAUCAUUUCAAUUGUCUUCUUUCUCCCUGCCCCGCACCCCCCACCCCCCUUGUUUCCAUUUCUCUUAGCAUGUCUUAACUUAUUAGUGUAAAAUUAAGCUUUAUCACAUUGAUUUAAUCUCAUUUUGCUGUAUUGUAGGUGUACUAAAAUACUUGGCUGUGACAGAACAAUUUUUAAUAAUAAGUAUAUUAGCACCUGUAUUGUUACAUUUGUUCCUUAUGAUGAAAAUGAGUACUCAUUAAUAAACUGGAUGAAAAUUGUGAAACUGAAGGCCUUACAGCAUAGUUCUUGUAGACUUAAGAGAAAUUAUAGAUUCAGCCUAUUUUGAUGUCAUGUAAUUUAAAAAAAAAAAAACUUUUAAAGGAAUAUGUGAAGCUUAGUACAAAUCCAAAAUUUAAAUGGAUCUGCACUGAGUUGCAGGUGAAUAUAAUUCAUACUUGUUAAAUGUGAUCAGACAAGAAAGUUUAUGAUAUUGUUGUUGUUUGUAAAGACACACAUCCACAAUGCAUUCAUAUUACAAAUUUGAUUGUGGAGAGAGUUACUUAGAAGUCUGUGUGGAUUUGGUGUGCAGAUAUUUGAUUUUUUAAACAUUUGCAGUAAUUGAACAACCUAAACAUUGAUUUCACAAAGAAUUAUUUAAGUAAAUGGUUUAAAGAACCUUAUUGGUUAUGUAUGUCAUUCAGUUAUGCUUUACAUAUUACAGUUCUUUGCCUUCAAUAUUUUUUUAAACAUCAUUCAGUUUGUACUGAGCAGUUGUGAAUGGCCAGAAUAAUAACUUUUUUAGAAUAUUUCA